CGCAUUUUCUAACAAGGACGUGAGAGUUUUCACACCAGUCCUCCAUCAGCUAGCGAGGGGGAAUAUUUGAGGAGACUGUCCGGGUGUCUCUUAAGCCAGUACCAACGCUCUGCUUUCCCCUUUUUCACCCAAACUCGUCGACAAACCGACCUCUCCUCGCUCCGGCCCGGAGAGAAAACAACAGGUUACUAACAUCUGAAGUUUCUAGCUGGUGAGAGCAAUUAGGGACCGUCUAAGGAGCACCAGAAGCAAGAGCUGGAAAGAUGUCAGCAGUUUAUGGUCAAUUUGUUUUACUUUUUGGAUUGUUUUUUGUGUCUUCAGGAGUCAACGCAGAUGGCCGUGUGUUUGUGCUGGAUCUGAAGAACUCUUCUGGCCUGGUGGACUACAGAGAGGCUGAGCGGGCAUGUGCAGCUCAUCAAGCCCGUUUGGCAUCAGCCGAUGAGCUUCGUCAUGCUGUGGCAGAAUGUUUCUUCUCUCUCUGCACUCGCGGCUGGCUUCACGGUGGAACAGUGGGGAUGACAGUGUGUAACGUUGUGGGUGGGUCACUGAAGGCAGUGGAUGUGAGGACAGAAAACGCCACAGACGACUCUUUACAUCUGGACACUUUCUGCAUCAAGGACAAAGGUGUGCCAUGUGGAGACCCCCCAUCCUUUCCAAACGCACGUCUGCAGGUACACUCCGGCUUUGAGAUGGGUGACGAGCUGCUGUACGCAUGUGCUCCGGGUUACACCAUGCCCAAUGGCCGAAGUGCCUUCAGCCUCUUGUGCGAUAGCUGCGGAGAGUGGUACGGGCUGGUGCAGAUUUGUAUGAAAGAUGAAACUGAAAGUCACAUUGACUAUGAAGACAAGUUUACAGACACAUAUGUGGAAGUUGUUCACCAAAAUGAGUAUGAGAGACCAGAAGAGGCUCAUGGUCAGGUGUUCCAGGAGCAAAAGAACUUUCAGCAACAAGAGGUCUACUUUGGAGUGAAAGGAGAAGGAGAGUACCCAGAUGAAGAUGGAGACCAGGAUGAGGGCAAAGAAAUGGCAGGACCUUUAAACACAAGAGACCAAGAUGAAGAAAGAGCAGCGGAAGACUUGGUUGGUCAAACAGUGUGGGAGCAGGAGAGCAGGGAGGAGGUGAAGACCGAUGAAGAAGCAACCGAAGCACCCGUCUCUCUUCUCUCUCAGAAACACUUGUUUUGGUUCCCAUCUGAAGCCUUCACCAAUCCCAUCGCCCAGACAACUCAGAGGACCUCUGGAGUUCAAUCAGAGGAAAGCAAAGAAAAUGAGAGCAAAGAGGACAUUGACCCUCAGCAGGGUUUUGAUCCUGAUGACCAUGAUGAUACACCAGAGAGUGACCACGACACUGACGACCACGAUGACGUCCAUGAUCAUACCCACCCCGAGGAUCAAGAUGACCCUGAUAGCCACCAAGAAGAAGAUGACGAUGUGAAACAAUAUAUUCCAGGUCAACAGGAAGAUCUUGACAGGAAUGAUCGCUACGAAGAUGAGGACAACCAUGAUGACCACUACGACAUGGGAGAACAUGAGGAUGAUGAUGUCCACUACAACAGUCGUGAAUCUGAUGAUCGACAUGAAAGUUUUGAGGAACCUGAAGACAUAACUGAUGAUCACACUGAAGAUGCUUCAGAGGAACACACAGAUGAUGAUGAGCACGAUGAGCAUGAUGUCAUUGACCAACAUAAUGACCAUGAAGAAUCCCAUGAGCAUGAUGACCAUGAUGAUCAUUUGGAACAUGAUGGAGACGAUGGUCAUGAGGACCACGACGACCCUAAUGAUUACGAUGACCAUGAUGACCAUUUAGAACACGAUGAUGAUUUCAGCCGCGAAGAAGAUAACCAGAAACAGGUCAUUUUCUCUAUUGCGAGGGAUGAAAGCCAGAACAAGACCAAGAAAGGUGAACGAGAAAAGACGACUGAUGAUACCUGGCUUGAUGGCCAUCCUGUUUCUCAAGGUGGAAAAGAGAAGGGGGAGGACGUGACAGGGGAGGGACUUGUCAAGGCAACAGACAGACCAAACGAUGUAGAACAGCCACACACCCGGACCCCUUCUGACCAAAUGGGAGUAGAGGUGUGGCCAGAGGUCCACACUCCCACUGCCUCCUCUGAAAACCAACUAGACUCCCCGACAUUCUCAGACAGCUUGGACUACAACACCCAACAAGAAGCACCCACUCACUCCUGGAUGAACGACCUCACGGAUCACCCCUACCUGGAUCACGGCCCGGCACCACCACUGAACAACAAAGGCACAAGCAAGGGGGGCAAUGUCCAAGAUCUACCAGGUCAAGCUGGGGAGAGAGGAAAGGUGGAGGGAGAGAUGGGUGAGACGAUAUGUGUGGGUGAGAACUGUCCUCCUAGCUCUCCCAGUCGUGCUCCCACAGUGGCGGCAAUAAUCGCAGCAGUGUGCGUGAUAGCUGCAGCGGUCAUCAUUGGGGUGUGGUGUUACCGACAGAGACAGCAGAAAAGCUCAAUGUAUGAGAUGAACGGCACUGGGCAAACUCAGACGCACCAGGCUCAACAGAUAGAGAUGCAGCAGAAGGUUUAAGAGAGACAUUGGAAGAGGACAAAGACAUUUGACAAUGUGAGAGAUCCAUUUUUGUUCCUAAGCAUGCAAGGAAUUUGGACACACUGCAUAAAGGUAUAUCUUAUCUGCUCCUGAUGAUGACAGUGAUUUAACUAAAGCAUCAAAACAAGUCUGUCACACGUUAUAUCUGUACAAGUACAAGGUGAAAAGGUCAAAUAUGCUCUCGAAAAUACGGGCACCAACGCGCUGCGUAAUCUGCAUUCAGGUUGCCUUUUGAAGAAGGUCCCAUGUCUAAGAUAUUGCUUGCUGUCUUUCCUGCAAGACUGGUAGAUAAAUUACCAACUACAUUUUUGUAACCUUGUGACAUCGACUGACUGCAUCAUCAAUCACUUUUGAAUUUGUUGAGAAUGACUGAGAACAUGUGACACUGUGACCUCCAUUGCAGCAGUGAGUUCUGUGGCAUAAUCUGAUGCUUCUGUAAUGAUCUCACUCCUGUAACUUUUACAUUUACAUAUACUUCCUUUAUUUGAAUUCGCUCCUUCAAAUGCUAGAGCAGGUGCUGAGCCUAAAUUUCACCCGACGGUCACGAAAGCAAAGACGAUCAUUAGACAUAAUGAGAAGGUGUUACGGUCGGGUUUAAUUGGAACUUUGAAGACGGCGCUACGGGAAGAGGAGAGUUCUGAGGAAGAGUCAAGAUGACUGGAGAGAUGUUUGAAGACAUGUCUCUGCUUGUUAGGCUUGACGGCUUUGGUCCACAUUUGUGACUCAGUGCAUUUAUGUGCAUCUCACAUCCACUUGUCUGCAAAGCAUGUCCACCAUCACUGAUACAUUUUUUUAUCACUGGCUUCACAAUGCAACAUUGGAAGUUGCGCUAUUCAGUUCUCACAGUGACAUCUCACCUUGUCUUUAAAAUUACUUUUCCAUUUGUUUUUUAAAUAUCAUCUCAAACACGCAAAUCUCUAGGGAGAGCACCUUUUCCACCUUUACACUUUCGAGUCAUUCUGAAAUACGAAAAUGUUUGAAUGUGUGAAUAUGAGUUUUAUAUUUCAUAGUUUGGUGGUUGUUGAGUUUGAAAGAGUACCGUCAUACAAUUAUGUAGUCAUUAAAUUAAAUGCUGUAGCUGAAGCAAUAA